GUUCUUGAUCGCCCCCUUUCUUCUCUUUUCUUUCAUCAUCACACACACUAGGCAUCAAAUCUAUUACAUCACUCUCUCCUUCUUGUUUCGUCUCGCCAUCUCAUUCCUCCACCCUCUCCGCUCUAUUUCACAUCCCAUAUACAACACAAGCAGCUCAACAAAGCUAACAGAACCCCAAUCAACUUCAUUAUAAAACUCUAAUAACAAUGGUCAAAGAAACCAAGUUUUAUGACGCUCUCGAAGUCAGCCCUACCUGCUCUGAUUCAGAGUUGAAGAAGGCAUAUCGCAAGUUGGCCCUCAAGUAUCAUCCAGAUAAGACUGGAGGCGCUACCUCUGAAAGGUUCCAGGAAAUUAGCCAUGCAUAUGAUAUUCUCUCCGAUCCCCAAAAACGUACAAUCUAUGACCAAUACGGUGAGGCUGGACUCUCCGGUGAGGGUGGCCCAGGAAUGGGUGGCCUCUCUCCUGAAGAUCUGUUCUCCCACUUCUUCGGUGGUGGUGGUGGACGUGGCAGCCGCCCUUCAGGUCCUCGUCGUGGCAAGGAUGUUGCACAUUCACUGAAGGUCACUUUAGAGGAUCUUUACAAAGGCAAGACCACCAAGCUUGCACUUCAGAAGAAUGUUAUUUGCGAGCCCUGUAACGGCAAGGGUGGUAAGGAGGGUGCGGUCAAGACCUGCACGACCUGCAAUGGUUCAGGUUACCGUGUGAUGCUGAGACAGAUGGGACCUAUGAUGCAACAGAUCCAACAGCCUUGCGGUGAGUGCCGAGGAGAAGGAGAAAUCAUUAAUCCCAAGGAUAAGUGCAAGACCUGUAAUGGUCGCAAGGUUAAUCAGGUUCGCAAGGUCCUCGAAGUUCACAUUGACCGCGGUAUGAAGGACGGUAGAAAGAUCGUCUUCACUGGCGAGGGUGACCAGGCUCCUGGUACUGUUCCCGGCGAUGUUGUUAUUGUUCUGGAUCAACGUGAGCACGAACGCUUCAAGCGCAAUGGUGAUGAUCUUUUCUAUGAUGCCAAGAUCGAUCUUGUCACUGCUCUUGCUGGCGGUAAGAUCCAGAUUCCUCAUCUGGAUGAUCGUGUCCUUCUGGUUGAGAUUCUUCCUGGCGAAGUAAUCAGACCUGGCGAGCACAAGGCUGUGAUGAAUCAAGGAAUGCCAACAGAAAGACAUCAUGAUUUCGGUAAUUUAUAUAUCCAAUUCGAGAUCGAGUUCCCUCCUGCUAAUUGGACCGAUAUUGCCAAGAUUGAGCAGCUCCGGACAAUUCUUCCCCCUGCUGCUGAACUUCCUGCUCUUCCCAAGGGUGUACAUGUCGAAGAGGUCAGCCUUACUGAAAUGGAUCCUCGCCAGAAGGCAAGGGCUGAGCAAGGUCAUUUGGGCCAUGAUGAUGAUGAGGAAGGUGGCGGCCAACCCGGAGUGCAGUGCGCACAGCAGUAAAAAAAAAACCCCCCCC